GGCGGCAGCGGGGUCCAGGCCCCGCUGCCCGCGCAGGUGAAGGCGGCCGCCGGCCCCUGUCAGCGGCAGGACUGAGUCACCCUGUGCGGGGCGAGGGGACGGGCACCGGGACCCCCCGAGGGCGGGAGAGCUCCGGGCACGGCGAGUUCUAACAUAUGGCUUUUAAUGUUCCACCUGAACGACUGAGAUGAGACUGAAGAUUUCUCUUCUAAAGGAGCCGAAACAUAAGGAAGUGGUGAGCUGUGUGGGAUGGACCACGGCUGACGAGCUCUACUCCUGCAGCGACGACCACCAGGUGAUGAGAUGGAACCCCCUGACGAGCGAGACCGCGCGCGUGGUGAAGCUGCCCGAGGAUCUUUAUCCCAUCGAUCUCCACUGGUUUCCCAGGAGCGUCGGUGGCAAGAAGCAAUCCCACGCUGAGAGCUUCGUCCUGACGAGUUCUGAUGGGAAGUUCCACUUGAUUUCCAAGUUAGGAAGAGUGGAGAAAAGUGUGGAAGCACAUUGUGGGGCUGUGCUUGCAGGAAGGUGGAAUUAUGAGGGAACAGCACUGGUGACAGUUGGUGAAGAUGGCCAAGUGAAAAUCUGGUCGAAAAGUGGAAUGCUGAGAUCCACUUUAGCUCAGCAAGGUAAGAACAUUUCCUUCCAGUUCCAUCAGAACUUUGGAAUUUGGCUUGGUCUGAAAUACGUUUCAAGAACAGCCCCCCCCAGUCUGGCAGUGCUGGUGCACAAUGUCAUGAACGAUGCCGAGGAUUCCCUGGAAUUCCGGGACAGGGUCAUUAAAGCCUCCUUGGACUAUGGAUAUCUGGUUGUUUCCACUUCCCUUCAGUGUUACGUGUUCUCGACAAAGAACUGGAACACCCCCCUGAUCUUUGACCUGAAGGAGGGAACAGUGAGUUUGAUUUUACAAGCAGAAAGGCAUUUUCUUCUUGUAGAUGGUGGAGGACUUUAUUUAUAUUCCUAUGAGGGCAGAUUAAUUUCCUCUCCAAAAUAUCCAGGCAUGAGAACAGACAUUUUAAAUGCCCAGACGGUGUCUCUGAGCAACGACACCCUGGCAGUGAAGGACAAAGCUGAUGAGAAGGUUAUUUACAUAUUUGAAGCUCUAUCUGGAAAGCCCCUGGGUGAUGGAAAACCUCUGACCCACAAGACCGAAAUCGUGGAGAUUGCUCUGGACCAGAAGGGCCUGACAAGUGAGAGAAAAAUUGCAUUUAUUGAUAAGAACAGAGAUCUUUACAUCACCUCGGUGAAGAGGUUUGGCAAAGAGCAGAAGAUUGUCAAAAUAGGAACGAUGGUUCAAACCUUGGCUUGGAAUGACACUUCCAACAUCCUCUGUGGGAUGCAGGACACCCGUCUGACAGUCUGGUACUACCCCAACUCUGUCUACGUGGACAAAGAUCUCCUCCCAAAAACCCUCUGUGAGAAAGAUGGAAGCGAGUUCAGCAAAAACCCCCAGAUUGUGAGCUUUGUGGGGAAUCAGAUAACCAUCAGGAGAGCAGACGGUUCCCUCGUGCACCUGAACAUCUCCCCUUAUCCCGGGAUUCUCCACGACUACGUCCGUGCUUCCCGCUGGGAAGACGCCGUCCGGCUGUGCCGCUUUGUCAAGGAGCAGAGCCUGUGGGCGUGCUUGGCUGCCAUGGCAGUGGCCAACAAAGACAUGGCAACAGCUGAGAUCGCCUAUGCAGCCAUCGGGGAGAUUGACAAGGUGCAGUACAUCAAUUCCAUCCGGGAUCUGCCCUCCAGGGAGUCCAGGAUGGCUCACAUGCUGCUCUUCAGUGGCAACACCCAGGAGGCUGAAACUCUGCUGCUUCAGGCAGGCCUGGUUUACCAAGCCAUUCAGGUCAACAUCAAUCUCUACAACUGGGACAGGGCCCUGGAGCUGGCAGUGAAGCACAAGACACACGUGGACACAGUCCUGGCUUACAGACAGAAGUUCUUGAAGGAUUUUGGGAAGAAAGAAACCAACAAGAGGUUUUUGCAGUAUGCAGAAGGGCUGGAAGUGGACUGGAAUAAAAUCAGAGCCAAAAUACAGAUGGAAAUCGUUAAAGAGAGAGAACGAGCAGCAGCCAGUCCUGCAGGGAGGACCAGUGUGACCGUGCAGCAAUAACUGACAUUUUGGGCACCUCAGCAACUGCUUCUGGAAUGUUUUGGGCUGGCAUAUUUUGAUAAACAU